AUGUUGAAACAGAUUAUGCAUUGUAGAGUAUGUGAUAAACCAGGUCAUAAUUCUCGAUUCCAUAAGAAUGAUAAGAAUACUCAAGCUUCUCAAGGCCAAGCUACUCAAGCUUCUCAAUGGCAAGUUUCUCAAGGCGAAGCUUCUCAAGGCCAAGCUUCUCACGCUCCAAAGGAAAAAAAGAAGAGUACUAAAGAGAAAGCUUCUCAAGACCAAGCUUCUUAA